AUGUUUGAAACGCGAUAUUAUGCCAUAAUCUCUCAAAUUUAUGUAAUAUUUCAUCUAAUCGCACUUACAUAUUGUGAGAUUGUUACCGAUGAUUAUGUAUCGCAUUACAAUAUAAAGAAUACAUCAAAUUUAAAUCAUUUAGAUGGGUUUAAAGGACAAGGCAACACUCCAUAUCCAAAUCCUGAAAAAUUCGAUUAUCCUGAAAAAAAAUUAGAGACUCUAACUCGUGACUUGGAGGCUGCUGCCAUAAACAACCCUUAUUACAAAAUACCAUCAUAUGACCACAAAAUCAGGAAGAUGUCGGAGGCACAUGAGUUACUAUUCAGGUCCUUGGGAGUUUAUGUCAUACAUGAUGAACAUGAGGAUGAAGAUAGUGAAUUGGAGAGUCAGGAUCUGGAUGAUAGCUCAUUUGACAAGUUGAAUAUAUCCGGAAACAAAAGUAUUCACCCUUAUGAUAUGUUUGAGAAGUCAGAACUACUUGAUGCCAUGACUCCAGAAGAAAAAUUGCAUUAUAUUCCGAAACUAAAAGAUGCCAUAUCACGUGAGAUAGCCAUGCAAAAGGAUAGAUUGGAGAGAAUCAGAGACAAAUUUAUAUCUCAAUCCAACAUAUAA